AUGACAAGGCCCGCAACACCGCCGCGUGUCCUGCCCUCGGAGGCUCAAGUCGAAGGGCAUGAACACGCCCUUGACUCCGAUGAGGAUGUACCUGUUAACAAGAUUGCUAGCUUCAAUGGCAAGCUCAAUCAAUAUAUCCAUACAAGCGGCCCCUCAAGCGGCCCAUCAAGCGGAUCAACCGAGCGGGAAAGCCAAUCCAUCAGUCCGUCCAAACCCACCCUGGUUGCUUCCGGUCUCAAGCGUGAAUUACCGGCCAGCGACAUCGACGUUGGGCUUAUGAAAGAACAAACCACCCAAGACAUCAUCUCAAGUCCCAAGCGAAGCAAGAAAAUGGACCCAACAACACCCCAUCCUCUCCCACCACCUCGGGUAACCCGCUCCCGCACAUCUCGCACGAUCAUAUCCAUGUCCCAAGCGUCAACAUCCGUCUCCUCCCCCAAGAAACCACCACGUCGCCACCGCAAUCCCCCACCAACGUGUCCCUUACCCCCGAUCCCUUCUCUCCUCCGCGACACCAUUCCACCAAACCUGAUCCUCCUCCUCGUCGGCGUGAAUCCGGGCAUCCUCACCGGCAGCACGGGUUACGCCUACGCACACCCGUCGAACCUGUUCUGGAAACUACUGCACUCCUCCGGGAUAACGUCCACGCGGCACCCCCCCAGCGACACUUACAAGCUCCCCGCGCUGUACAGCGUCGGUAACACGAACAUCGUGGCGCGGCCCACCCGUGACGCCAGCAUGCUCAGCAAAGCGGAGAUGGACGCGGGCGUGCCGGAGCUGGAGGCCAAGGUGGCCGCCCAGCGGCCGGAGGCGGUUUGUCUGGUGGGCAAGAGUAUCUGGGAAGCUGUGUGGCGGGUGCGGCAUGGACGGGGUAUCCGUAAGGAGGAGUUCCGGUAUGGGUGGCAGGUGGAGACAGAGAAUAUGGGUUGCGUGGCUCACGAGGAUUGGGGCGGGGCGCCGGUGUUUGUGGCAACAACGACGAGCGGGCUGGCGGCGGGGAUGAGGCCGGCGGAGAAGGAGGCUGUGUGGGCGGAGUUGGGGGCAUGGGUGGUGAAGAGGAGGGCGGAGAGGGGAGAGGGCAGCGGGGGUUCUAAUUGCUGA